AUGGCCAUAACCGCCACAAUUUCAGUACCAAUUACAUCCCCCACUCGUCACUCACUCGCUUCCUUCAAUUUCUUCCAAUCAUCUCUCCAUUCCAAUUUUACCACACCACAACGCACUUUCAAAUACCCUAUUUCCCGCCUCGUUGCUUCCUCCAUGAAAACCGAAACUCCGGCGAAAACAACAACAACUUCCUCCACUUCCUUCCUCCACCAGAAGGAGUCCGGCUUUCUCCAUUUCGCAAAGUAUCACGGUCUCGGAAAUGAUUUCAUUUUGAUUGAUAAUAGAGACUCUUCUGAACCGAAGAUUAGUUCAGAGAAAGCUGUGCAACUAUGUGAUCGGAACUUCGGUGUUGGUGCUGAUGGAGUUAUUUUUGUCUUGCCUGGUAUUAAUGGAAGUGAUUAUACAAUGAGGAUUUUCAACUCUGAUGGUAGUGAGCCUGAGAUGUGUGGCAAUGGAGUGCGGUGCUUUGCUAAAUUUGUUUCUCAGCUUGAGAGUUUACAUGGAAGGCACAGUUUCACAAUACAUACUGGUGCUGGGCGGAUUGUUCCUGAAGUCUUGGAGGAUGGAAAUGUCAAAGUUGAUAUGGGGGAACCGGUCCUUAAAGCAUCAGAUGUGCCUACUAAAUUAUCUCCAAAUAAGGAUGGUGCUGCUGUUAAAUCAGAGAUAGAUGUUGGCGGAGUUAUCUGGAACGUGACUUGUGUUAGCAUGGGAAAUCCACACUGUGUAACCUUCAGUAGAAAAGGAGUUCAGAAUCUGGUUGUUGAUGAAUUGAAGCUAUCUGAAAUUGGUCCAAAAUUUGAACAUCAUGAGAUGUUCCCUGCACGAACUAACACAGAGUUUGUGCAAGUGCUUUCUAAUUCCCACCUGAAGAUGCGUGUUUGGGAGCGCGGAGCAGCGGAAACUCUUGCUUGUGGAACUGGAGCUUGUGCUACCGUUGUUGCGGCAGUUCUUGAGGGUCGUGCUGGGCGGAACUGCACGGUUGAUCUACCUGGAGGGCCUCUUCAGAUUGAAUGGAAGGAUGAAGAUAAUCAUGUCUAUAUGACUGGUUCAGCUGACCUAGUGUAUUAUGGAUCUUUGCCCCUUUGA